GUCUGUUUUUCUUUCUUUUUCCAAUACUGCUCGCACUCGUUGGCCGAGGCGGUCACCAUGCAAGUGUAUAGGUGCGAGAAACACACUGACAAUUCGCGUUCCGUACACUGUUUUGUGAGUGAAUCGCUCGGUUUGUGAAGGAACAAGUUAGCAUAUAGUCGAGUCUUGCAGAGCCAAAAGUCCGUCAGUAGAAAAGCAACGAGUGGUUAAGAAAGAAACGAAUGAGUGCGGUUUGUUAAACCAACGAGUUAUCGGCGCCAAUAUGUUUGUCCUCUUCCCGCAUUAAAUGAAAUAGCGUUCAUAUGUAUACGCUUCAACUAGCGACAAAUUAAUGUUCGCUUAUUUGAUGGAAUGAACGAAUAAUUGGCACGAAAGUGUGAACGGGCAGUCGACAGUCGGCUGAAAAGAAAGGUGAACGAGUCGAAGAGAAAAUCUGCCGUUUGUCAUUUAGCUCUGAUCAUUUUAAGUUAAUUAUUUCGAGGAAAUUUUAUUGGGCGAGAUCACUGCCAUAUAUUUACAAAAUAACUUGUUGAUGUGCAAUUAAAUAUCGUUGGAAAAUUUAUUAAUGCAAAAAAAGGCGCAAAAAACAUGUACUCGAAGAAAAACAAUGUUUGAUUCGAAAGAUGUUGAUGGUUAUAAUCGUCGGCGUUUAAAAUGGUGAUUGAACGAUCACUGCAAAAGCAGGAAAGUGUCAAGUGCCAAUAAACAAACGAACGAGAUAUAUGUGAACUGGGAAUUUGUUAGCUUACAAAUUUACAUCAGUAACUAAAAAAAAAAGAAACACAAACAAUUCACCUUAAGCGAGAAGAACUAUAGAAAGUAUACUAUAAUAAAAGGUAUAAAAAGCCGAAAGUGGUCGGCCUACCUUUGCGACUUCUGACACAAAAUGCACUCAAUCGUAAUCGGCAAAAACACUUUAAUUCAGUUGGAAAAUUUUGUAAUUGCGUGGAAGCGAUUUCAAAGAGUGCAGCCAUUUCUAAUAAAACUUCAGGAAACCAGCCGAAUCAAGCAAGGUACCCAGGCUUGGAAAGUUGUAAAGCUUUCUUCUAAUGUCACCCCUGGUGCAGCGCAACUAUCUGCAACAGUGAAAAGUGGUGGUGUUUUGAAAAUAAGUAAACAAUUCGUGGCAAAGUCUUAUGUCCCCCCACUAAAUGUAGCGGCGUUUGCAAACUUUGUCAAACUCAUCUAUUUUCAUCAUUAACUUAUUACAAAUAAACUUGACUUUUCAUUGCAAAAUUUAUAACAAUUGUAACAGCAAAUAAGCUAACCCAUCUAUACCUAUACCAAGUGAAAAAGUGCGUAUAAUAAUACGCGUAUAAGGCUAUUUAAUACCAAAACAAGAAGCAUAACAACGACGUCUGAAUGAUGGCAGAUCAUAUGGAUGAACCUCCGCAAAAGCGGACUAAAAUGGAUCCGACGGACUACGUCUCCGUUUUGGAAGAUGAUCUGCCAGAUGAACUUGUUACUGGUAACAGCAAUUGGCCAGAUCCUCUUAGCAGCGGUGGAGGACCUGGCGGUCCAGGAUCUGGCCUUGGAGUCAAUGUGGUUGGCGGUCCUAAUAAACCACCUGCACAAGGCCCUGGGCCAGGUGGACCGCAAAUUAAUGGUGGCGGCGAAGAUUCCACUGGUGUGGGCGGCAAUCAAGUCGGCGGUAAUCCUUUACGUCAAAUGCAACAUCAUCAACAUCUGCAACAAUUAUUGCAGCAACAAGGUAACAAGAACAUGGGUAUGAUAGGUAAUCCUAUGGGCGGAGCUGGAAUGAACCAAUUGGGUAGUAAAUCACCUAACUUGCAAUCACCAAACGCAGCUGGCAUGCAAGUAGUUGGUGGUCAAAUGGGCAUGGUCAAUUCGAUGGCGAUGUCUAUUUCUAAUAAUGGCGCUCAAGGAAUGAAUACGAUGCCCGGCAUGAAUACAAUUGCUCAAGGCAAUAUCGGUGGUAUGGUGAUCACCAAUAGUAAUUUGGGGGGUCUUGGCGGCAAUGCGGGAAUGGUGAACACAUUGAAACAACAAAUAGGCGCUGGAGCUGGAGGUAUGAUGAGCGCAGGGCCAGGCGGAGUGGGACCUGUUGGAAAUAUGGGUCCGGUCGGUGGUCCUAACCAAGGAAUGCAUUUAGGUGGCGGACCCGGUCAUCCACAGGGUCUACAAAAUGGACCGAUGAUGGGCAGAAUGGUCGGACAACAUAUGUUACGUGGUCCCAGUCCACAUUUAAUGGCUGCUAAUGGACCUGGUGUUGGUCCAGGAGGUGGUCCUCGAAUGCAAAAUCCAAAUAUACAAAUGGCUCAACGAUCAGAUGUGUUGAACGGUAAUCUUACGUACGGUGGUCCAGGACAAAUGGCAAACAUGGUUGGCGGCAAUGUUGCUGUGGGACCCAAUGGCCCCUACGGCAAUGCGGUUGGCGGUGUUGGAAACUAUGGAGGGCCUGGUGGACCACAAGGUGGACUAAGCGUAAAUCCUAAUAAUCCACAACAACAACUUUUAGCACAGCAAAUGGCACAGCGUGCCGGUGUUCACCCUAUGCAACAGGGCAAUCGGCCUGGUGUUCCCAUGGGAAUGGCUGGAGUGAGCAAUGAUGGUGCACCUGGCGGCUUAGUGGGCGGCCCACAGCAACAACAACAGCAGCAAAUGGGUCCAAAUCAGCAGCAGAACCAACAAGGUGGCGUAAUGGGCGGAGCGACCAUGGGACCGCGAGCGCCCCAGCCUGGUGGUGGCCCACAACAAAAUCAAAUACUUCAUCAACAACAGCCACAACAACCGGGCACUUCACAACAAGCUGGUGCUGGUGCUGCUGGUGGAAGCGGUGGACCCGCAGGUAGUGGUUCUGGUGGUGGCGGCCAACACCUUUCGGAGGAACGUAAGAAACAUAUACAACAACAGCUGGUGCUUCUGUUACAUGCGCACAAGUGCAAUCGACGCGAAUCGCUCAACCCGAAUCGGGAAAAGUGCAUAGUACCCUAUUGCAAGUCCAUGCAAGAUGUCCUAGCGCAUAUGGCGAACUGCAAGCAGAGUAAAGAAUGUAGUGUUCAACAUUGCACCUCGUCCCGUCAAAUUUUACUGCAUUACAAGACUUGCACACGUUCGGAUUGUAUUAUUUGCUUUCCAUUCCGGCAGCAACAGAGUUUCCACAACAACGCAAGCAGCGCCAACGCAAACGCGAAUCAGCCUUUACAAGGUAUUGUUAAGCAACAACAGCAACAACAACCGGACGGAAAUGCUGUUGGCGGUGGUGGACCGCAGAAUCCUGGAAUGCCUCAGCAAAAUGCUGGCGGACCGAAUAUUGUCUCCGGACCGGGCGGUCAAUCGGGUAUGGCAGGUGGUCCAAAUCAACAGCAACUUGGCAUGAAGACAAACGCGGAGAUUGCGCAACAAAUGCAACAACAGAAUGCACAGAAUCCAAAUCAAGAGAUUCGACGUUUCGACAGCCUGGGUAUGCAGGCCGGCGUCUCCAACGCAGGACCAGGCCCUAAUAUGCUGCAAAACAAUGCGGUGAAUGCACAGCAACAGUUGCAAGGUAUUCGCAUGCCGGGAGGCGGACCGGCCGUGCGAGUUAUAUCUGCACCAGUUGGCGUACCGAGCGGUGGCGUUGUAACUGGCGUUUCGAACCCGAACACAAUUCUGGGCAACAGCAUGAUGAUUGGCGGACCUGGCGGCCCAGAUGGUGGUACUCAGCAGCAGCAGGUGCUUCUACAGGGCGGCAGUGGAGGCGCACAUAAUAACAAUCCACAGUUGGCGGGCUUAAUUGGCGGUCCAAACGCCAACAAUGCUGGUCAAAGUCAGCAAAAUGCGGGGCAGCAACAACAGCAAUCAAACAUUCCACUCUCUGUGAACGUUCACAACUUCAAUAACAAUUCCACUUUCAACAAUGCACAACUGGGGGGUGGUGGUGGCCCUGGCAACGCAGGUGAUAUGGUUGGUGCGACCGGUAGUGGGCCACCACCCAAUAAACAGUUGGUAAGUGCUCAAGAAUUGGCCAAAAUGAAAUUGCAACCGCACAAUGUCGCCAUGGGCAAUGCUACGGCUGUUAGUGGAACAACAAGUGGACCAGGUGUCGGUGGUAACAGUAAUGUAGGUGGCCCCGGAGUUGGGCCGGGUGUAGGCGGCGGCGCUGGUGGCAUGGUGGGUGUCCAAGGUGCUUCCGGCAAUAAUGCACCCGGUGGUGGACCGACAACAUCUCAAGGCGGUAAUGGCAGCGCAACUAAUAGUGCUGGGAGCGAAGAAAGAGACUGGCGUGAAUCAGUGACUGCCGACCUGCGAAAACACCUCGUUCACAAACUUGUGCAAGCUAUUUUUCCGACAUCAGAUCCGACGACGAUGGCGGACAAACGUAUGGCGAAUCUAGUUUCUUAUGCCGAAAAAGUCGAAAAGGACAUGUAUGAGGCAGCUAAGUCACGUUCUGAAUAUUAUCACUUACUCGCAGAGAAGAUCUACAAGAUACAAAAGGAAUUAGAGGAGAAACGCAUCAAGCGAAAAGAGCAGCAAAUGUUAAUAAUGCAACAGCAACAACAGGGAUCUGGUAGCGCUGGAGCAGGUCCCGGCCAAGGGCCUGGGCCAAGUAAUGCCGUGCCGGUUGGUCAACAACUGCCACCUGGGCACCCGCAGGCACAGCAAACUCAAAUCCGACCGAUGAUCAGUCCUGUGGGUGGAAAUGGUGGUCAGGGUGUUCCUAUGGGUGCUGCUGGCAUGAUGCAGCAACAGUUAAGAGCUCAAGCACCCGGCAACGUGGGUAUGAUGCCAGGUCAGGCCGGUCAGAAUAUGGUAGGAAUACGCAAUCACUCGCCUGGUGGCAACUUACUGGCCUUGCAUCAGCAACAGCAACGCAUGCAAUUCCCACAACAGCAGCAAGGAAAUUUACUGGUUGGUCCUCCGGGUCCCAGUCCAAACAAUGGCAUGGGAGUAAUGCCGAGCUCCUCACAGCAGAAUAUGGUCGUGCAAAAUCCAGUUUUAUCGCCUUUCGGUGUUCAGGGAAUGCAACCUGGUCAGCCAGGUGCUGGUGGCGUCGCCAAUGUACUGACAAGCCCUGUCCCCGGUCAACAACAACAGUUCAUCAAUGCAAACAGCGGCAAUGGCUCACAAACGCCACAGCAAAUAACAGAACUAAUGAAGCAACGGCUUUUGCAACAACAGCAAGUUCAGCAGCAGCAACAACAACAGCAGCAGCAACAGCAAGCUGGCAUGUUAUUGCCACAAUCACCAUUUAACAAUGCUGCCGCACAGAUGCAACAGCAACAACAACAACAGCAGCAACAGCAAAAUCCCUUCCCUUCGCCAAUGUCGCAGCAACAGCAGCAACAACAGCAGCAACAACAACAACAACAGCAGCAGCAACAACAGAAACAAAAUGCCGGUUCGGUAGGUAAUAUGCCGCCAACACCUACCAGUCUGGAAUCGUUAGUCGGCGGAGGUUCAGUAGGUAUAAACACCACAACUGGGGGCCCUGCAACUGGUGGUAUGGUGGCCGCGCCCAGUCCGUCACCCAAUUUCGUAUCAAAUGGCCCAAUAGGUACACCUUCCAACAAUCCGCCAUCCGUAACAUCACUUAUGCAGCCACUGAGUGAGCGGGCAAGCAGUACACCGCCCGUUAUGGCAGCAUCCCCGGCGUCGGCCACAUCUGGCACAUCGGUGCCGGUGAAUGUUAGUGCAGCGUCCAGUGGUGUUGGUUCGUCCAUAGGUGGCACUUUGACUACACUAACAUCAACAGCAUCCUCCUCAACCACUCCAGUGUCUGCGGCGCCACCAAUGAGUGCCGCCGUCAACACCAGCAGCAAUGGCGCAACGCUGACGCAGCAGCAGCAACAGCAACAACAACAAAUAUCGAUGGGUAAAGGUGGCAAUAGCAAUAGCAGCAGCAGUACCAGUGCAGCAGCCACUACUACCUCGACGUCGACUGUGAUGAGUUCGCGUCCUUCCUCUAGCAGUAAUCUGUCAUCGCAAAUGGCCGCAUUGGAAGCCGCGGCACGUGCUAACGAUGAAACGCCACCUUCACCCAGUGCGGACUCUGGCGGUGAGAGCGGUAACGCUUCUAAAGGCAAGCUAGAUUCCAUCAAGCAAGAAGAUGAUAUCAAAAAAGAGUACAUGGAAGAUGGCAGUGGUGGCGCUGGAGACAAUUCCCAGAUGGACUCGCAAUCAUCCGCAGGUGUUGGCAAAAAUGUAAAUAAUGAUGGCACCAAUGUGAAGGUUGAAAUCAAGACUGAAGAUGGAGAUGCUGUAAUAAAAGCCGAACCAAUGGAUACUGAUGAUAAUGGCGGUGCCAAUGGUGUAGGCGGAAGUGGAAACGCCAGCGGUGGAGAUAGUAAAGAUGAGGCAAAGGCAGCUGCUGAUGGCGAAACUAAAAUAAAGUCAGAAACAAAGCCAGUAGUACCAGAACCACUUAUGCCAAACGCAGGCGACAAAAAGAAGAAAUGCGUAUUUAAUCCCGAGGAGCUAAAACAGGCGCUAUUACCAACCUUAGAUAAGUUGAUACGACAUGAACCGGAAUCAGCGCCCUUCCGUUGUCCCGUGGAUCCGCAAAUGCUUGGCAUACCAGAUUAUUUUGACAUUGUUAAGAAGCCAAUGGACUUGGGUACCAUACGCAACAAUCUCAUGAAUGGGAAAUACAAUGAUCCCUGGGAGUACGUCGACGAUGUCUGGCUUAUGUUUGAUAAUGCUUGGCUCUACAAUCGAAAAACCUCUCGUGUCUACCGAUACUGCACAAAAUUAUCCGAAGUGUUUGAGCAAGAAAUUGACCCAGUGAUGCAAGCUUUGGGCUACUGUUGUGGACGUAAAUACACAUUUAAUCCACAGGUGCUAUGUUGUUAUGGAAAACAACUUUGCACAAUACCCCGUGAUGCCAAGUAUUACAGCUACCAAAAUAGUCUAAAGGAUUAUGGUGUUGCCUCAAACAGAUACACCUUCUGCCAAAAAUGCUUCAACGACAUUCAAGGAGACACGGUCACAUUGGGUGAUGAUCCGCAGCAGUCGCAGACUCAAAUACGUAAAGAUCAGUUUAGAGAGAUGAAAAAUGAUCACUUAGAAUUAGAGCCGUUUGUCGAUUGCCAGGAAUGUGGUCGCAAGCAACAUCAAAUUUGCGUCCUUUGGCUAGAUACGAUUUGGCCGGGUGGUUUCGUGUGUGAUAACUGUCUGAAAAAGAAGAAUUCCAAACGAAAGGAGAACAAGUUUAAUGCUAAGCGUUUGCCCACUACAAAACUUGGUAUUUACAUUGAAACGCGUGUGAAUAACUUCUUGAAGAAGAAAGAAGCAGGUGCUGGUGAGGUUCACAUCCGCGUUGUAUCGUCGUCGGACAAAUGCGUAGAAGUAAAACCGGGCAUGCGUCGGCGAUUCGUCGAUAAUGGCGAAAUGUCUUCAGAGUUUCCUUAUCGUGCGAAAGCGUUAUUUGCCUUUGAGGAGGUGGACGGCGUCGAUGUGUGUUUCUUUGGCAUGCAUGUGCAAGAAUAUGGAUCGGAAUGUCCACAACCGAAUACACGGCGCGUUUAUAUUGCCUAUUUGGAUUCGGUGCAUUUCUUUAGACCGCGUCAGUAUCGUACCGCAGUGUAUCACGAAAUUUUGCUGGGCUAUAUGGAUUAUGUCAAGCAACUUGGUUACACAAUGGCGCAUAUUUGGGCUUGUCCACCAUCCGAGGGCGACGACUACAUUUUCCAUUGUCACCCGACGGAUCAGAAAAUACCAAAGCCGAAACGUUUGCAGGAAUGGUACAAAAAGAUGUUGGACAAGGGCAUGAUUGAGCGUACCAUACAGGAUUACAAAGAUAUUUUGAAGCAGGCCAUGGAAGAUAAAUUGACUUCAGCGGCUGAGCUGCCCUACUUCGAGGGAGAUUUCUGGCCCAAUGUACUGGAAGAAAGUAUAAAAGAGUUGGACCAGGAGGAAGAGGAGAAACGCAAACAGGCUGAAGCAGCAGAAGCGGCAGCAGCGGCCAAUAUAUUCUCCAUUGAAGAUAAUGAAGUGAGCGGUGAUGGCAAGAAAAAGGGGCAAAAGAAAGCGAAAAAGUCAAAUAAAUCGAAAGCUGCACAGCGCAAAAACAAUAAGAAAACCAAUGAACAGCAGACAGGCAAUGACCUCUCUGCCAAGAUCUAUGCCACAAUGGAGAAGCACAAGGAGGUGUUCUUUGUGAUACGUCUGCACUCGGCGCAGUCAGCUGCAAGCUUAGCGCCCAUACAAGAUCCAGAUCCAUUAUUAGCCUGUGAUCUUAUGGAUGGACGUGAUGCAUUCCUAACGCUAGCGAGAGAUAAACACUACGAGUUCUCAUCGCUACGUCGCGCGCAAUUCUCUACGCUAUGUAUGCUGUACGAAUUGCACAACCAAGGCCAAGACAAGUUUGUCUACACAUGCAACAACUGUAAAACAGCAGUGGAAACACGAUACCACUGUACCGUUUGUGAUGAUUUUGAUCUCUGUUCGGUGUGCAAGGAGAAAGUUGGACAUCCGCAUAAGAUGGAAAAACUUGGACUGGAUAUUGAUGAUGGCUCGUCACCAGCCGAUCUCAAACAAGCUAAUCCUCAAGAAGCCCGCAAGCAAUCUAUACAACGGUGUAUUCAAUCAUUGGUACAUGCGUGCCAGUGUCGGGAUGCGAAUUGUCGUUUGCCUUCGUGCCAGAAGAUGAAACGUGUCGUGCAACAUACAAAGAACUGCAAGCGAAAGACAAAUGGCGGCUGCCCUAUUUGCAAACAGCUUAUUGCGCUUUGCUGUUAUCAUGCCAAACACUGCCAGGAGCAAAAAUGCCCAGUGCCCUUCUGUCCAAACAUCAAACAUAAACUUAAGCAACAACAAUUGCAGCAAAAAUUACAACAGCAACAGUUAUUGCGCCGUCGCAUGGCGCUUAUGACUCGUACAGUUACCACACCAGCAGCAAUUACUGGUGCUCCUGGCGUCGCCACGGCUCCCGUUGUGGUACCGGGAGGGGUUGUCGGACCGGGCAGCGUUGGUGUGGGUGUGGGCGUGGGUGUUGGAGUAGGCGUACAAGGUGUACCCGUAGCUCAGCCGAAUCUGCAAGGUCAACCGGCCUUAAUGGCAGCGACUGGCGCCGGCGGAAUGAGUCCGUCUACAGUGGCAGUACCAUCACCAGUGUCAGCUCCGAUGGGAGGCAUGACAUCACCGCAUCCACAUCAGCCUGGAAUUGGUAUGAAACCUGGCGGUGGACAUUCACCUUCGCCGAAUGUGUUGCAGGUGGUUAAACAGGUGCAAGAAGAAGCCGCGCGACAACAAGGUGGUCCAAUGCCGCCUCCUGUAAUGCAACGUCAUAUAGGAGGAAUGCCCAAUCAAGGCAAUCCUAAUGCAGGUAUGAUUGGAGGCAAUGUUGGCAAUGUGAGCGUUGGUGUUGGUGGUGUUGGCGUGGGUCAAAUGGGCCCUGGUGGCGUCAAUACCGUCAUGGGUAAUAACAUGCCAAUGGAGCAAUGGGGAGGUGGCAAUCGUUAUCAAGGCAAUGCCAAUCAAGGCAUGCGUCAACCUAAUCAAACGCAAGUUCAAAUGCAGCAAAACGCCAUGCAGCCGAAUAUGAUGAGCAUGGUUGGGGCGGGUGGUUCGAAUCAGAUGCUCGGAGGCCCAGUUGGAAAUAUGGGCUCGGGCAGUGGUGGCGGCAAUAUGGCUGGCGGUCCGGGCGUAGGUGGUAUGGGAGGAAUGGGCGCUGGCGGUCAAGUAGGGGGACCGGGUAGUGGAAUACGGCCGCAAGGUGGUCAGCAUGGAUCAGCGGUUAGUGGCGGCCAAACACUGAACGAAGCACAGCUUGCGCUCAUUAUGCAAAAGAUUAAAAACAAUCCUUCGCAUGACAACCAACAGAUACUACAGGUCCUCAAACGUAAUCCGCAAAUAAUGGCUGCUAUUAUUAAGCAACGGCAACAAAGUCAACCAAAUGCCAGCGGAAACGCUGGCGGCGGACCCCCUGGUAAUGGACCACAGCAGCAGCAGCAGCAACAACAAGUAAUGCAGCAAAAUCAACAGUUGCAACAUAUGAUGAGCCAGCAACAACAAAUGUCGCAAGUGAACCAGCAGCAAGUGGUAAUGCAACCACAACAGCAGCAACCGGGACCGCCCCAUCAACGUAUGCCAGGCAUGCAAAACCCAAUGAUGAUGCAACAACAACAGCAGGUGCCUGGCGGCAUGCAACAACAAGGACCGAUGCCUAAUGUGCAGUGGUUCAAGGCGCGUCAAAUGCCAAUGCCUAAUUACCCGCCUCCUUAUCCCCAACGGCAACGUGCACCACCACAAAUGGGUGGGGGCGGUGGCCAACAAUUUGCAGGUGGGAACUUUGGUCCUGGUGGGCCAGGUGAUCAAUACGCAGCUGCAGCAGCAGCUAUGCAGCAAGGGUUGAAGCCACCCACACCACAGCAGCAAAUGGGCGGCAUGCCCGGUGCUGUGCCACAGCAACAGCAACAACAACAGCAAAUGAUGCAAGNACAAAAUCAACAGUUGCAACAUAUGAUGAGCCAGCAACAACAAAUGUCGCAAGUGAACCAACAGCAAGUGGUAAUGCAACCACAACAGCAGCAACCGGGACCGCCCCAUCAACGUAUGCCAGGCAUGCAAAACCCAAUGAUGAUGCAACAACAACAGCAGGUGCCUGGCGGCAUGCAACAACAAGGACCGAUGCCUAAUGUGCAGUGGUUCAAGGCGCGUCAAAUGCCAAUGCCUAAUUACCCGCCCCCUUAUCCCCAACGGCAACGUGCACCACCACAAAUGGGUGGGGGCGGUGGCCAACAAUUUGCAGGUGGCAACUUUGGUCCUGGUGGGCCAGGUGAUCAAUACGCAGCUGCAGCAGCAGCGAUGCAGCAAGGGUUGAAGCCACCCACACCACAGCAGCAAAUGGGCGGCAUGCCCGGUGCUGUGCCACAGCAACAGCAACAACAACAGCAAAUGAUGCAAGGUGGUGGUGUGGUAGGUGGCCCCGGUGUCGGCAUGGUGGGCGGCCCGAAUGUAAUGGGUCCACCUACGCCACACACACUUCAGCAGCAGCUGAUGCAGACAGCGGCACGUUCAUCACCACCCAUACGAUCGCCACAGCCAACUCCGUCUCCACGUUCAGCGCCUUCGCCAAGAGCCGGUGGGCCAUCGGCAUCGCCACGAGCACAACCCUCGCCUCAUCAUGUAAUGAGCCAUUCACCAGCGCCGCAAGGUCCAUCACACGACGGUGGUAUGCAUAAUCACGUUGGCGGUAUGCAUGUACCUCAUCAAUCACCACUACCAGGGGGUGUGUCACAGGAUGUAGGCGUAGGUGGUGUUGUCGGGGGCGGAGUUGUGGGUGGUGCUGGUGCAGGACAGGCGGUCGCCGAUGCCUCCGAUCAACUUACCAAAUUCGUGGAACAGCUCUAGUGCAGCAAUUAGCUGUUGCAGGGACCACCCACGUACAAUAACAAUAACAGCAACAAGAUGUACCCGCGUUAUUACUGAGUUAAACCGAAAUUGAAAAACUAUACAGGUUUCUCAAUUGCACAUCCUUAUUUAUUAUUUUAGUUGAAUUUUUGUAUUCGUUACGUGUUUAUAAUUUGUGGAAUCCCUAUUCAGGUUAAAGAUAGGAUUAUGGUUUCUUUGUUUCUUUGGAUAAUAUGUAGCUUAUUUAAGAAUGCCGUAUGGACCUUUGUGAAGUUGUCACCACUUAUUCUAUUACGACUGGUUAUACCUUUUGUCAUUUAAUUUUAGAGAGAUGGAAAUAUGCUUACUGGGAGAUGCAUUAGUUGCGUGCAAGUUGUACUCAAAAUAGACAAAAUCGAUCAAAUAAGCAGUAUGAUAACUAUUUAUCGCGUAAGGUAGGUAAACCCUUGAAAAAAAAAGUAACUUCUAACUUAAUAUUAAAGUGAAAAUAGUGCCGCCAACUUGAAAACACAAAUACUUCGAAGGCUUUGCGAAUCAACCUUAUGCAUGUUGUUUUCAAUGGAGCAUUUCUUUUAAAGAGAAUUGCGCUGAAAUAUUUUUAGUUAAGUUUUUGUAACUUUUUUAAUUUCUUAGUCGAGUAUACUCAAAUUUUGAAAUGCUGUUGAAUACACUCUGCCACAUGCACAUGUAGAAUAUAUAUGUAUAGUAUGUAUAUCCAUUAAUGCAAUUUAAAUGAUUCAUAAAUCAUAGUUGUAUGUAAAUUUAAUGUAAGACGAAAAAGUUUAUUUUUAACACUUUGAGAACAGAAAAUAAAAAUAAACUCUAAAAUCAAAUCAUAAAUUAAUUUUGUAUAAAAAGCGAAAUACAUUGGGUAAUGCAUCGGUAACUGAACUUAUAUGUAAUGUAUAAAAAAGGAGCCAAUGCAAACUUUGUAUAAAUAUGUUUUAAAAUAAGUAAAUGUUUUAGCUAAAUUAAAACAAUGCAAACAAGAAGAUGUCUCGUAAUUGGGAAUUAACUAAGUUCUGCCGUAAAUGUUCAUACUUGAGUUUAGAUACACUAAGAUAAUAAAGCAAUACCAAUAAAUUUCCCACGUUUACCACUCGAUUACUUUUGAAUAUUUUUAUGUGCGCUUUGGGAAACUUUACCCGAUUGCCGAGGCGUCUUAAAAUAAAAUAUCGCGUGAUUUUAGUCAAAUCAAUGUUGACGCUAAAGGUCAUUAAAUGAUAUCAUUUGGGAAUUCAAUUUCUUUUAGCUAUAAGCUAGUAUGCUGAAAAAUGCUAUUUGUUAGCGAAUAGAGAGGCACGGAAAAGGAAAUGGCUUACAUUAAGCCUUAAAUGUCAAAUUCUCUUUUUACAGGCCAAUGCUAUUUGUUAUGCUGAACUAGUUUCUGAAUUACUCGGUUUUUACCGGGUUUUUACCUAUGAAAGGUUUUGAUUCCAUAAUGUCAUUUC